CAAUAAUACCCUUAUUCCUCCAACUCUCUCUCUAUUCCGUCUCUCUCUUUGCCAUCAUUUCUCUCAUCCCUUUGUCCAUUCCCUUCCCAGAAACCCAGAAUCUCAAUAAUUCAAUUAUUAUAAACAAAUUUAAAACAAUUAUCAAGGAAACCCAUAGAAAGGGGUAAAUUGUAGAUUGCCGCUUUCAUUACAAUAACUCGAUAAGGUUGUGACAUAAUAUUAUUCACCCUAUGUUAGUUAGAAGCAAAAUUCUAAAGUAAUUAGUAAUUGUAUUGGAUGCAUAAGGAAUAUUUAAAAGUUGGUUAGAAAUGGUUGUUGAUGACUUUGAAAGUGAUGUUUACAUCAAUACUACAACCCAAUAUGAUACUACACUAAAUGAUGAAUCUGACAUACAUCAAAGGGAAAACAAUUGGGAAUUGUUAUUCCCUGAGAUUGUCCAAGAAAAUGUUAACCGUUCUAUACAAACCAAUCUAAAUGUUGUUGGGAAUAUUGUUGUUCAUCAAAGAAAUGAGAGUCACGACAGCAAUAGAUUCAAGUUAUAUUCAGUCGAUUCAAACGACACAAUUUUUUCCUUAGAAAAUAUGGAAAGAGAUGGAGAGUCGGAUUUGGUUCUUAUAGAUCAAAAAUUAAUAAGCGAAGAAACGAACACUAGUAUUGAGCAUUACAUGAAUACACAAUUGGAAAAUGAGGAUGAUGAAUCAAUCGGAAAGUCAACUGAAUCUAUUAUUCGUGAGCCUCCGAACAUUCAAGUGAUGUUGAAAAACGAAGAAAAUUACGACUCAAAAAGAAUUCCAUCAAACGUGUUUGAGAGGUGCGACUCGCUCAUACCAGCAGAAUGGAGUACUGCUUCAAAUGAAUCAUUAUUUAGCCUUAAUGUUGGUAAUGCUAGCAUAGGAAGAGACCAAGCACUUUUACUAAGUGGUGAAUUGAAAAGUGGGCCCAAAUUUCAAGGUGAAAGUGUGAUUGGAGAUCUUCAAGAAAUAAGAAAAAUUGCUGGCUUACCAAAGCCACCUAAUCAAAAUCAACAUGUUUUAAGAACUCCUAUUGUUAUUCAACAAGAAGAGGAAAAAGAUGUGUCAUUAAUCAAAGAAGGAAAGCAACUUAUAAACAAAAAUGUUCAUUCUACAAGCCUUUCCCUUAACUCUAACACAAGUGAAGAUAGCAAUUACUCCUUUGUAUUUCCAAUAUUUGGCGCGGAAAGAAAUAAUCUAAUAAAAAGUCACGAAGAGCCACAAAAUACACCACAACAACUUAACAUAUACAAAGAAAGCCCAAUAUUUGGUUCAAAAACAAAAGCUCCACGUAGAAAUGGUGGUUUAUUUUCUUGCUUUAGAAUAUUUUCUUGCAAUUUUUGUUGUGAUUGUAAUUGUAAUAGUUUCCCUUCUUGUAACUCUUGUAGUUGUACAUCAUGUUUCUCUUGCCCUUCAUGCUUAUCUUGCCCUUCUUUCACUUGUUCAUCUUGUUGUUGUAAAUCUUGUUUCUCAUGCAAGGCUUGUCAACGUUUUUGUUGUUAA